GUGCUAGCGACUCUGAGGCUUUUGCAGUUCUCCAAACCAUCUCCAGGAUUUUAGCUGCUUUCACACCUGCUCGUUAACCUGCAGGCAUGUUUCUGGCAAAGGCGAUCCUGGAAGGGGCAGAUCGGGGUCUUGGGGGGGCUCUUGGAGGCCUUCUUGGAGGAGGUGCUCAGGGGAGAGGAGGCGGAGGCAACAUCGGAGGGAUCAUUGGAGGAAUCGUCAAUUUUAUCAGCGAGGCUGCUGCUGCUCAGUAUACCCCCGAGCCGCCUCCGCCGCAGCAGCAGCAUUUUACCACCGUAGAGGCCUCGGAAAGUGAGGAAGUCAGGCGGUUCCGGCACCAGUUUGCACAACUGGCUGGACCCGACAUGGAGGUGGGUGCCAAGGACCUGAUGAAUAUUCUCAACAAAGUCCUUUCCAAGCACAAGGAUCUGAAGACCGAUGGCUUCAGCCUUGACACCUGCAGGAGCAUUGUGUCCGUCAUGGACAGUGACACGACAGGGAAGCUGGGCUUUGAGGAGUUUAAGUACCUGUGGAACAACAUCAAGAAAUGGCAGUGUGUUUUUAAGCAGCAUGACAGUAACCAUUCUGGCUCUCUCAGAAGCUCCCAGCUGCGCAGUGCCGUGCAGGCUGCAGGCUUCCAGCUAAAUGAGCAGCUUUACCUAAUGAUUGUCCGUCGGUACGCUGAUGAGGACGGCAGUAUGGAUUUCAACAACUUCAUCUGCUGCCUGGUCCGACUGGAUGCCAUGUUCCGCGCUUUCAAGUCUCUGGAUCGGGAUGCGGACGGCCUGAUUCAGGUGUCCAUCCGAGAAUGGCUGCAGCUGACCAUGUAUUCCUGAAGUGGAUGGAGAGGCCCGAGACCUCCAUGGAGGACAGCCCUGCAGAAAGCCUCGCUGUACGAGCCACAGCUCAUAUUCCACCCAACAGCUACCAUUUCCCGGGAGGGGGGCGCUCUUUUAUAAUGCUGCAUAUUCCCGAUCGUCCGUGCUAUACUGCUUAAUUAAAACUAAUUUUG